AUGAGUACUGAUAAAGACAACAUGAACAGCGAUAAAACUGAUUCUGGAGUUAGCACGCUUUCUUCUUUAAAGCAACAACGAACAACAAUGAAACGAAAUAUUACGCAAAUGAAAACCAAAAUCGAAAAAGAUGGAAGUACAUCAGAUUACACCAUUCUUGAAUGCCGACUGCAAAUUCUCGAAUCCUAUUUCAAGCAAAUAAGUCACAUUCAAGCACAAUUUGAAAAACUGGAUGAAUCUGAUACCAAUCGAUCGGAUAUUGAAGAACUUUUUAUAUCUGCCAAGGCUCCUUUGGUAAGUUUUAUGAAUAAUAAACGUGGUUCUUGUGAUAUCGAACAAAGUUUUUUGAAUGCAACUCAACCAUUGAUUUCGCAUCAUAAUCGAUUGCCUCAAAUCAAGUUACCCAAAUUCGAUGGAAAAUAUGCGGAGUUUUCAAGAUUUAUAAGUACUUUCAACACAUUAGUUCACAACGAAUCAAGCAUUGCUACUAUAGACAAAUUCAACUACCUACUUAACUGCUUAUCUGGUCAAGCAUUGGCGGUUAUUGAACCGUUUCAAGUCGUUGAGUCAAACUACCAAAAAGCUGUAGAUAGCUUAGUAGAACGAUACGAUAAUAAAUCAUUAAUAUUUAUCGAUCACAUCAAUUCAUUGUUUUCGAUAACUCCUAUGACCAAACCAAGCGCUAGUUCGCUACGCUCAAUUCUUGAUAAUGUUUCAGCCCUUCGCAGUUCGUUGCUCUCUUUGGGUUCUGAGUUAGAUGUAAUGAAUGCCAUUAUCAUACAUAUUGUUUUGUCCAAGAUUGAUGGAGAGUCCAAAAAAGUUUAUGAUGAAAAACAGGAUUUUAAAUCUCUACCAUCAUGGCAACAGUGUUUCUCAAUUCUAACUCAUCGUUGUCAAUAUUUGGAAAGCCGAAAUGCGGAAGUGGACUCAUUUCAACCUCAUGACAAUAAAUCAAGGCAAAUUCCCAAACGUACAGGGUCGUCGUUCGUUGUUUCAACUACAUUUUGUGAAUACUGCCAGUCUAAAGAUCAUUAUAUAGGAAGCUGUUCUACCUAUUUGUCGCUACCGAUUGCUCGUCGUUUCGAUGCUGUUAAGUCCAUAAAACUUUGUAUAAAUUGCCUUAGGAAAGGCCAUUUCAUUUCUCAAUGCCCAUCUAAAUCCCGUUGUCGCACUUGUCGGAUAUCGCACCACACAACUUUACACAAUCCAGAUUUUCAAUCAACAACUAAUUCAAACACUUCUUCAAAUCAAAACCAAUCUAAUUCAAACUCGCAGCUUCAGCAUAACUCCACUUCAAAUUCAUCAUCUCAGCAACCACAUUAUUCGUCUUUUCGACCAUCAUCGUCUUUGUCGCACCAAUCAGUGUUACCAACACAGGCCAAUCCAGCCUCUACUCAUCUUACAAAAUUUUCGUCAUUUCUUACAACUUCGUGCCGUAUAAAUUUGCUUCCAACAGCUAUUGUUUUCGUUAAAGACUCAUUCGGCAGUCUACAACCUCUUCGUGCCCUCGUGGACUCCUGUUCAGAAGUCAACCUUAUAACUCAAGAAUCUGUAAAUCGUCUUCGUCUAAAGCAAACUAAAUCGACUCAAGAAAUUUCUGGCGUAUCGGAUAUCCGUACCCAAUUAAAAUCUAUAGUUACAGCUACAAUUAGAUCAAGAGUCUCCGAUUUUGAGUGGACAACAUGUUUUCUGGUAACAAAAUCGAUUUCAUCUCAACACCCAGCAGAAAAAAUAAAUACAACAAAUUGGAACAUCCCCAAUGGCCUGGAAUUAGCAGACCCACAAUUCCACAUACCUCAGCGUAUUGACAUGUUAUUUAGCUCUGAGAUUUUUUUUGAGUUGCUCCUCGAUGGCAAAAUUUCACUCGGAGCUGGACUACCUAAUCUCAUAAACACAUCCCUUGGGUGGAUCAUUGGUGGCAGCGUAGAUUCUCAACGUUCAGAACGUGCGUUAUCAUGUAAUGUAAUUACAAAAGGUGAGGAUCUGAACUCAUUACUAAAAGCUUUUUGGGAAAUUGAAGAAUUCAAUCAACGUUCACCUGUCCUCACAGAAGAAGAACAACAGUGUGAAGACCACUUCGUUAAGAACACUAAAUUUGAUGCUGAUGGAAAAGUUCAGGUUUAUCGGUCGACGUGGUAUCCCCCAGAGGCUGUAUUGUGA